AGCUGUGCUGCUUUGUCCUCCCUGCCCUGGUGUGUGAUGUACAUUGCACAUUGACUACUCUCCUCCAGCUGCUGGAUGAGCUGAUAGCCAACAGACGCCACCUUGCUUCACCAGCCUGAGAAGCCACAACAACAGGACAUCAAAUCCAGCCCAACUUGUACAUAUCCAGCAGAUCCCCAUUAUAUGGACUUAUAUGGGAAGAUGGCCUCUGUACAGGAUUCCAGAUUUGGACAGAAAGAGUCUUCUGAUCAGAACUUUGAUUACAUGUUCAAGCUGCUCAUUAUCGGAAACAGCAGCGUCGGCAAAACAUCAUUCUUGUUUCGCUAUGCUGAUGACUCGUUCACAUCUGCAUUUGUGAGCACGGUUGGGAUUGAUUUCAAGGUUAAGACUGUCUUCAAAAAUGAAAAAAGAAUUAAACUGCAAAUCUGGGAUACAGCGGGGCAGGAGAGAUAUCGCACUAUUACAACGGCAUACUACCGAGGAGCAAUGGGGUUUAUUUUAAUGUAUGACAUCACCAAUGAAGAAUCAUUCAAUGCAGUACAGGACUGGUCAACGCAAAUCAAAACAUAUUCAUGGGACAAUGCUCAAGUAAUAUUGGUUGGUAACAAAUGUGAUAUGGAGGAUGAACGAGUGAUUUCUGCAGAAAGAGGAAAACAUCUGGCAGAACAAUUGGGUUUUGAGUUUUUUGAAACCAGCGCCAAAGAUAACGUCAAUGUCAAGCAAACGUUUGAGCGUCUGGUGGAUAUCAUCUGUGACAAAAUGUCAGAUAACUUAGAAACGGAUCCCGCCAUCACAGCUGCCAAGCAGAGCACAAGACUGACAGACAAGCCACCUCCACAGCAGCCCAACUGCAGCUGUUAGUAGUACCAUGCAGGUGGCUUCAAUGUGUUCUAUUGCCAACAAGUAUUUUAAAAAACAAA